AUGGCGGAGGAGGAUUAUGUUUAUUGGGCAAAACGAAUAGUAAAGGACUACGGAUUGAAUGUCACGGGGAAAGACAGUUUUCGAGACGGUCGAGCAUCACUUGCUCUUUUGUGUUCCUUAACAAAUGAUCACAAACUCUAUGACAAAAUGGCUAUAGAAUCUUCAACCAAAAUUAAAGAGUUUGUCUAUAAACAAUGCACCGACAACAAAUAUUUCGAAAAAGGAAAUGCUCGUUUUCCAAUUGAGAAAUUCACAACUCAAGACUUGGAUAUGGACACACUUAAUGCUUUCUUAAUUGCAAUGAAAACUGCAACACGAACGAGAGAUCAAGACCUUAUUAAUGCAGCGAGUGUCGAUGGUAUUAUCAAUGGCACAGUAGAUACUAAAGUGUUUGAGAAUGACAGUGUCCUUGGUGUUGCUGCUGAGAAGACCAAAGAACUUCGUAUGCGAAAGGAGAAUAUGACUGCGCAGCAAAAGAAGGUCGACAUGGAGAUCAAGAAGAAAGAGGAGGAGAUGAAGAAAGCGCUUGCGGAACAAGACAGUUCGAAGAAGAUUCAGGAACAAAUUGAACAAGAGGAGAAGCGCAAGAAGGAGAAGGAGUUUGAGAUCUCCGAGAAGCAGAAAUUACAUGAGCAAGAGAUGAAGCGCCUUCAAGCAAGACUUGAUGAAUUGACACUGAAAUCCAAAGAAGAGACACCUGAGCGUCGACAACUUCGUUUAAAGUAUGAAGAAGUGAAAGCCGAGAAUGAAGCCUUAAAGAAGAUCCAAGAAGAGACACAACGGGAGUUGCAAGAAUUGAAAAAUCGAAAACUUGAAGAAGAGAAGAAACAAAAGGAGUUAGAAGACAAACGCAAUCAGUUGUUAGAAGAAACGUGCAAAAUGAAAGAGACGUUUAAGAGAGAGAUGAAAGUAUUAGAAGACAAGUUGCUCCAGUGGACGAAACAGUCUGAUACCUUAAUCCUUGAAUUAGACUCUGCGAACGAUAAAAAGGCUGAUUUAGAUAAAGAGAAAUCGGAGAACACGGUGGUAUUGAAUAAAUUAGACGAGAGUAUUAAAUACGAAGAUAAACAAAAAAUGAAAUUGGAGAACGACUUCGACACACUAACCAAAAAGUUAUUUAAGACACAAACAAAGAAGAAUGAUAUGGUGAAGAAAGUGAAGAAGUCUCAUGCGGAGUUAUCGGAACAAAAGAAGAAAUUGAAUAUGGCAAAAGAGGACUUAGCUAAAGAAACAACAUCAAAACAAUAUGAAGAAGAUUUGUUGAAGAUGACUUCACAAGAACUCGAGGAGAUGGAAGUAACUUACGCCCAACUUGAACGUGAAGAGAAGAAGAAGAAAGAUAAGUUGAGUGCACUCAAGAAGAAAACAAAUGACUUGCGUACUGAAGCUCAGUUGAAAGAAGAAGCUGCUGAGAAGAAGAAGUUGGAGUCGCAAUUGAUUUCCGACCAACAGAUGGAUGCACUCAAACAACGACAAGAACUUCUUAAACAACGCAAACAACAACUUAAAGAAGAACAAGAGAAGAAGACAAAGACUGCAGAAGAAGAACUGAAAAGCAAAGAAGCAGAGUUGUUACAACAAACUAAUGAUGUCGAGUUGAUGCAAAUCGACGUCGACAACGCAAAGAAGAAGAUCGACGAGAAGAAGAAGGACCUCAAACUCCUUCGUGAGGAGAAAAAAGCACGUAGCACUAAGGAGAAAGACGCAAAGAAAGAGAUUGAUGAACUGAAUGAGAAACAACGCCAAAUCGACUUGAAGAAGAGAGAGGAACGUAGACAAGCUGAACGUGAAAAGAGAAGAAGAGAUAACGAACUGUUGAGAGGCGAUGAAGAAAAGCCAAAAGACACAACUGACGAGGCCGCCGCAGCUGAAGACCAAGUCAAGGAAUUCAUGAGGAAAAAAAAAGAAGAGCGCGAGAAGGAAAAGGAAAGGGAAAAAGCUGCCGCAGCAGAUGAAUCCGAACCCAUUUCUACGCACAGAUCACACCAUUCGAGAACUUCAGACGUGUCCUCGAGACGAAAAAGAGAUUCACCAACAGACACCACACCAGCUACAACUUCUUCGGCACCAGUAUUAGAAAAGUCCGCCGCCGAAAGAGCGAAGGAGAGAUUAGCAGCAAGAGAAAGAGAAAGAAAAGAGAAAAAGGCCAAAUAA